AUGGCGAAGCGCACCGGCCCCGACUGCCCCCGUGGCUGGCUCCUGGUGACUCUCCUCUGCCUCAGCCUGGCCGACUUGGCAGCGACCUCGCCGCUGCCUUCCUCCUGGCCCAAUCUGAAUGACUGCCUACAUGUUUCCAAAUCCCUGGUAACCGCUGCGAGGGACGCGCUGCACCAGCUGAAGGAGCUUGGCACGCUAGGAUUUGAAUGUACUCUUGAAGAGGUCGAUCUUGAAGAUAUCACUAAGAAUAAAAUCAACACAAUUAAGGCUUGUAUGGCAGAAGAGUCAAAGACUGAAAAUUGUCCUACACUGAAAAGAGCUGAUUUUGAUAAGAUUGAGUGCCUGCGAGGUAUCAAUGAAGACCUGAAGGCUUACAAGGCAGAGUUCAAGAAUUUCAAUAACCAGAAGAUGCUGGCUGCUAUUGACAAACUGAUACAGGCUGUGAAAAUUAGCAGUGUGAGUGUGGAGCAACCAUCUACAAACAGAGGAUCAGCCUCUUUCAAAGAGAGAAUGAGGUUAUGUAGUGUUCUCCAUGCUUUCACAAUUCGCACUGUGACCAUAACCAAGAUGCUGAACUACUUGAAUUCUCCUGGAAGCUCAUCAUAA